CCACAUAUAAAUAAACUGCCUUGUCAUGAAGAAGUCUAGAAUUAAUCGUGGUUUGUACAUCGAAGCUUCAUUGUUUUCUUUUCUCUCAUGCCAAACAUUAUAUACACAGUCCAAUGAUUACACUCCAUUUCGUAUCACUGACUUUGAUUUGUCACUAUGUGACAGUUUUAUCUGUGGUGGGACUAAAUGGUUUCUACACAAGCGGAAGUGAUGUCCGAAAUAAGCACAGCUUCCAGUGGACAGACACUGGCAUCCCUCGGCCAGUCACUUGGUCAUCCGGUUGGCAAGCUGGUCAGCCUAAUAACGUAGGCGGCAACCAGAACUGCUUCUUGAUGCAGUACCCAGCUGAUGACUACAAGUGGGGCGAUAUAGAGUGUGACAGCAAGCACCCUUUUAUUUGUGAAGUCUACUACCAAGUUUAAGUUUUGGAUAGAGUUUAAUAACAAGCAUCCUUUCAUUUGUGAAGCCUACCACACAGACACAGUUUCGUAUAGAGUUAAAUAACAAGCAUCCUUUUUUAUGAUACUAAGUCUCAUUUUGUUGUAUAGUUAAAAAUAAAAAUACAAACCACUUC